CCAGGAAUCUACAGUCAGAUGAGGAAGAGGAAGGAAGUAGCAGCGAAAAUAGCCUGGGUGGGGUGGGGUGUAGAAAAUACCGAGGGGAGGACAGGAUGGCUGGUGUGGGGCUGACGGAGAGCUUCGGAGAGAAACAGGGGCAAAUAAGACUUCAAGUCCAGAAGGCGAGGUGGCCGCAGGCCGUGGAGGAGCCCCUCCCCAGCAAGUGGGAAGGGGGCUGAACUAGAAGUAGGACACACGCAGAAUGUUCAGCUUAACAAAGAAAUGACGCUGGCCAGCAACCGGAGCCUGGCAGAAGGAAACCUUCUCUACCAGCCCCGGCUGGACUCUCUGAAAGCACGUCUGACCCAAAAAUACCAGGAACUCCAGGUGCUCUUUGAAGCCUAUCAGAUAAAAAAGACCAAAUUAGAUAAACAGUCCAGCAGCGCUUCCUUGGAGACCCUGUUAGCACUUCUGCAGGCAGAAGGGGCCGAGAUCGAGGAGGACACCGAGAACAUGGCAGAGAAGUUUCUCGAUGGAGAGCUUCCCCUGGACGCCUUCAUCGAUGUCUAUCAGAGCAAGCGGAAACUGGCCCACACGCGAAGGGUUAAAAUCGAGAAGCUCCAGGAGAUGGUGCUGAAGGGGCAGAGACUUCCGCAGGCCCCGCCGCCGGCCCCGCUGCCCCUCAGGGUGCCCGAGCCCGUGCCCGCCGCCCCCCUGCCCUACCCCUCCCCGGAGGCCAGCGGGCCCCCCUCCGCCGUGCCCCGGCGCAUCCCUCCCCCGCCGCCGCCGGUGCCCGCGGGACGCUUAGCCACGCCGUUCGCCGCCGCCCUGGGCUCAGGACAGGGCCCCCCGCACCCAGUGGCGCAGUGCCCCCCGCUGCCCCCGCGCGGGGGCCUCCCCGCACAGCAGGGCUUCUCCCUGCAGCAGUUUGUGUUGCCACCGUACCCGCCGGCGCUGCCCCAGAGACCCCCGCCCCGGCUGCCUCCGCACCAGCCAGGCUUCAUCCUGCAGUGAGCGGCCCUCGUCCUCCCCGCGAGACCCCGCCGCCGGCGCCGGCUGGCCGGGUCCGCACACGCAGAUGGAGGCCGUGAGCCCCGGCUGCUCGGCCAGGGGCUCUGGUGCUCGGGCCAGGGCGUCCAUCUGGUUGUAGGGCCGUAGGUCAGUGGUAAGCAGACGUAGAACACUGGUUGUGGACACCUAGGCGGCUGUGCGCUGGGCCUCAGCCGGGCACCCCCGUGGUCGCGCUGGUUUGUGUUCUCGGUAUGAUUCCUCGGUCUGGUGGUGUUGAAUUCGUGAGCUUGGGGAAAAGCGCC